AUGAUAGUGCAUUCAUGUGUCGUAAAAGACGGACGAAAUCAAACAGUUGAAAUUCUUGACAGCGAAGGAUGUGCAGAAGACAAAUUUAUAUUGAAUAAUCUCGAAUAUUCUAAUGAUCUGAUGGCUGGACAAGAGGCACAUGUAUACAGUUUUGCAGACAGAUCACAGUUGUUCUUCCAAUGCCAAGUAUAUCGUGGCUAG